CCUGACCCUUCCCUUGCAGGCGGACUCCUGCACCCCAGAGCCGACCCAGUGUGGGGGUGACAUGGCCCAAGGGAACAACUACUACGGGCAGACCAGCAACGGGGUGGCAGACGAGUCCCCCAACAUGCUGGUGUACAGAAAGAUGGAGGACGUCAUCGCACGCAUGCAAGAUGAAAAAAACGGAAUUCCCAUUCGCACUGUCAAAAGCUUUCUUUCCAAGAUCCCUAGCGUCUUCUCUGGUAAGUUUGCCUCCGACAUUGUUCAGUGGUUAAUAAAGAACUUAACUAUAGAAGAUCCAGUGGAGGCCCUCCAUUUGGGAACGUUGAUGGCUGCCCACGGCUACUUCUCUUUAUCCUCUUUACACUUUAGCUUCUAAAUUUACACUUUGACUCAGGAUGGAGCUUUUUUCAUCCCUCAGACGCCCUACUUCUGGCCGUCUAAUUGCUGGGAGCCGGAAAACACGGACUACGCGGUUUACCUCUGCAAGAGAACGAUGCAGAACAAGGCCCGCCUGGAGCUCGCUGACUAUGAAGCCGAGAGCCUGGCCCGGCUGCAGAGAGCGUUCGCCCGCAAGUGGGAGUUCAUCUUCAUGCAAGCAGAGGCACAGGCAAAAGUGGACAAGAAGAGGGACAAGAUUGAAAGGAAGAUCCUCGACAGCCAGGAGAGAGCUUUCUGGGACGUGCACCGCCCUGUGCCCGGGUGCGUGAACACCACGGAAGUGGACAUCAAGAAGUCGUCGCGAAUGAGAAACCCACACAAAACCCGGAAGUCUGUCUAUGGUUUACAAAACGAUAUUCGAAGUCACAGUCCCACCCACACACCCACGCCAGAAACAAAACCUCCCACAGAAGAUGAAUUACAGGAGCAGAUAAACUAUUGGCAAAUACAGUUAGAUAGACAUCGGUUAAAAAUGUCAAAAGUUGCUGAUAGUCUGCUAAGCUACACGGAACAGUAUUUAGACUACGACCCAUUUUUUGUGCUGCCUGACCCUUCCAACCCAUGGCUGUCUGACGACACUACUUUCUGGGAACUGGAAGCGAGCAAAGAACCGAGCCAGCAGCGGGUCAAACGGUGGGGCUUUGGAAUGGACGAAGCGUUGAAAGACCCCGUUGGGAGAGAGCAGUUCCUCAAAUUCCUAGAGUCAGAAUUCAGCUCAGAAAACCUGAGGUUCUGGCUGGCGGUGGAGGACUUGAAGAAAAGGCCCAUCAGGGAAGUGCCCUCUCGGGUGCAGGAAAUAUGGCAGGAAUUCCUGGCUCCGGGAGCCCCGAGUGCCAUCAACUUGGACUCCAAGAGCUACGACAAAACCACGCAGAACGUGAAGGAGCCCGGACGGUACACGUUCGAAGAUGCCCAGGAGCACAUUUACAAACUGAUGAAAAGUGAUUCAUACCCACGUUUUAUACGAUCCAGUGCCUACCAGGAGCUUCUACAGGCAAAGAAAAAGGGGAAAUCGCUCACGUCGAAGAGGCUAACGAGCCUCGUGCAGUCUAACUGAUAGGACCACCCUGUAGCAUGGAAGCAGACCGAGUGGUUGACUAUACGUUGUCGCUCUCUGUUGUGACCUGGAGCCAAGGACCUUAGGCCAAGAUGUUGCAUGAGCAAAGGACCCGCGUCGUCCUUCCUUCGUGUGCCAUCU